CCGUUGAUAUACAUGCAAUCACACGAGAAGGAAAUAAACCGCCUCAAAUUGUUUUGGUGAUUCAGUUUCGGCCGCCUAUUGGAAGGUAUUGUAUAGAAUUUCCAUCAGGUCUUAUUGAUGAUAAUGAAACAGUGGAAACCGCAGCGCUUCGUGAACUUCAAGAAGAAACAGGAUAUUAUGGUCAAAUAACAAGAAUAUCAGAGCCUAUUUGUUACGAACCUGGGUUGACAGAUUCAUUGACUAAAAUAAUCGACAUGGAGAUUGAUCUGACUUCUAUCGAAAAUAUCAAUCCUAAAAAAAAAUUGGAAGAUGAUGAAUGGAGCUUACAGACGAUUCAAAUUCCCUUAGAUAACUUAUACGAUACGUUACAAAUUGCAACAACUGCAUUCUGA